UCCAAACACACUCAAGGUGAAAAAGUUAAAAAAUAGCUUGUAAGCACAAUUUCAAUUCUAACGUUUAUUGCAAAACAGCACUUCCUCUCACUCUCUACCUCGGCCGGCGUUCCGGUGAAAAUCCGACGAAUCUCCGAGCUGACUUCACCGGUCUCCGAGCAUAUCUCCAUCCGGAAGUUAUUGAUACUCGAAUAGACCUUGUAAGCAUCUUCAGUCUUCAGCUCAGACUUAGGGUUCAGAAUGGCGUCUACUGGACAACCACAUUCAACUUUGAAGAGACCUAGUCCUGCAGUUAACAGAGAAGGAGAUAAACUCAUUAUCACUCCUUUAGGGGCUGGGAGUGAAGUUGGACGGUCCUGUGUUUACAUGUCUUUCAAAGGAAAAACAGUCUUGUUUGACUGUGGCAUUCAUCCAGCUUACUCAGGCAUGGCUGCUUUGCCGUAUUUUGAUGAAAUUGAUCCUUCAACUAUUGAUGUUCUUCUAAUUACCCAUUUUCACUUAGAUCAUGCUGCCUCCCUUCCUUAUUUUCUUGAAAAGACUACAUUUAAAGGGCGUGUAUUUAUGACUCGUGCAACAAAGGCUAUAUACAAGUGGCUUUUGUCAGAUUAUGUUAAAGUGAGCAAAGUCUCGGUUGAAGAUAUGUUGUUUGAUGAACAUGAUAUUAAUCACUCCAUGGACAAAAUUGAGGUUGUCGACUUCCAUCAGACUAUGGAAGUAAAUGGCAUUAGCUUUUGGUGUUAUACUGCAGGUCAUGUCCUUGGUGCUGCCAUGUUUAUGGUUGAUAUUGCUGGUGUUCGAGUUCUCUAUACAGGAGACUACUCCCGUGAAGAAGACAGGCAUCUCUGUGCUGCUGAGACCCCGGAAUUUUCUCCAGAUAUUUGCAUUAUAGAAUCAACUUAUGGUGUUCAACUCCAUAUGCCACGUCAGAUAAGAGAGAAGCUUUUCACUGAUGUGAUACACUCAACACUCAUGCAAGGUGGUCGGGUGCUGAUUCCUGCUUUCGCCUUGGGACGUGCACAGGAACUUCUCCUUAUCCUGGAGGAAUAUUGGUCUAACCAUCCUGAACUUGCUAAUUUCCCCAUAUAUUAUGCUUCUCCACUUGCAAGAAAGUGUAUGGCUGUCUAUCAGACUUACAUCAAUGCCAUGAAUGAAAGGAUCCGCAAUCAGUUUGCCAGCUCAAAUCCAUUCGAUUUCAAACAUAUUUCUUCCCUGAACAGUAUUGAGGAUUUUACAGACAACAAACCAUGUGUGGUGAUGGCAAGCCCAGGUAGUCUUCAAAGUGGUUUGUCAAGGCAGCUGUUCGAUAAAUGGUGCUCUGACAAGAAAAAUGCUUGUGUUAUACCUGGGUAUAUGGUGGAAGGGACCUUGGCGAAGACUAUCAUCAAUGAACCGAAGGAAGUCACCUUACAAAAUGGCUUGAGUGCUCCACUUAAUAUGCAGGUUCAUUAUAUUUCAUUCUCAGCUCACGCGGAUUAUGCUCAGACAAGUACCUUCUUGAAAGAACUUAUGCCUCCUAACAUAAUUCUAGUCCAUGGAGAGGCUAAUGAGAUGGGAAGGCUCAAGCAGAAACUUACCUCUCUCUUUGCUGAUGGCAAUACUAAAAUAAUUACGCCCAAGAACUGCCAAUCAGUUGAAAUGCACUUCAACUCUGAGAAAAUGGCUAAAACUGUUGGAAGGCUGGCUGAAAAGACCCCUGAAGUGGGUGAAAUCGUCAGUGGUUUACUUGUAAAGAAAGGUUUCACUUACCAGAUCAUGGCACCUGAUGAUCUCCAUGUCUUUUCUCAGCUAUCCACUGCAAAUGUCACACAGAGAAUUACUAUCCCAUAUUCAGGUGCUUUUGCCGUUAUACAACACAGGCUUAAGCAAAUCUAUGAAAGUGUAGAGUCCUCAACAGAUGAGGAAUCUGGUGUUCCAAGUUUGCGAGUGCAUGAGCGAGUGACGGUGAAGCAGGAGUCAGAGAAUCAUCUCUCCCUUCAUUGGACAGCGGAUCCAAUUAGUGACAUGGUAUCUGACUCCAUCGUGGCAUUGGUUUUGAAUGCCUGCAGGGAGAUGCCUAAAGUAUCAGUUGAGUCGGAAACUUUGAUGAACGAGGAGGAAGAUGCCAAGAAAGCUGAGAAAAUAGUCCACGCACUCCUUGUUUCUCUGUUUGGUGACGUGAAAUUUGGGAACGACGGUAAGCUGGUAAUAAAUGUUGAUGGGAAUGUGGCUAAUCUUGAUAAACAAACUGGUGAUGUUGAAUGUGAAAAUGAAGGUCUCAAGGAGAGAGUUAGGACUGCAUACCGGAGAAUUAGAAGUGCUGUGAAGCCAAUACCGCUUUCUGCAGCUUAGUCUCUUGUACUUUUUCUUUACUGAGUAGAGUUUGUAUGCAAGAAUAACAUUGUACUUUAUUUUCAGCUUCAUAGAUAGGAAGCAAAAUUUAUUCUGAAUUCAUUGUUCUGUUCAGUAAUUCUCUCUUUUCCCUCUAAUUUGUUUGAUCUGAAAUUUUCUUCUGUUCCAAGUUGUGGAUGUUGGUGUUAUGCAUUUGGGUAAUUUUGGUA